CAAACCCAACUCGUCCCUUCCCUUCCCGUCCCGUUUCACGAGUCCCUCCGCUGUCCCCUGCUCCCCCUUCCUCUCUCCCCUACGAUUCGAGCUCUUUCGCCUCACAAAAACCAAACCCACAACCGCACGAGAAAAAAAAAAUCUCACCACACCGCGCCGCGACCAAAUCUAGGGUUGGUUGGUUCGUUCGCCAUGGCCGACCCGCCGCCCCCGGACGCGCAGCCACCGCCCGCCGCCGCCCCCGAACCCGUCGAAGUUGAGAAGGCCCCCGCGGCGCCGCUCACGCCGGAGCUGGACGCCGCUGCGGCGGGGGUGGAUGAGGAGGAGUACGUGAGCGACCCCGAAGACGCGCCGCUCCCGACGAUGCGGCGCCGGGAGGCCAGCGACGACGAGGGGUCCGAGGACGGGAGGCCUAGGGCGCGGAUCGGGCCCGACCACGACGACGACGGCCAGGGCGCCCCCGAGGCGUACGACGACGAGGUGGAUGACGAGGAGGACGAGGAGUACUACGACGAGGAAGAGGAGGAUGUGGGCGAGGGGUUCGGGGGGGAGUACGGGGGGCGCGCACCGCCGGCGCUGGCGCCGCCCAAGGAGGACGGCGGCGGUGGCCAGGGGACGCCCGGGGAGGAGGGCGGGAAGGCUGGGGAGGAGGGGCUGGCGGAGGGGGAGGUGGAGGGCGAGGGGGAGGAGAAGGAGCAGGAGCCGUUCUCGGUGCCCACUUCCGGUGCCUUCUAUAUGCACGAUGACCGGUUCCAGGAGGAGAACCGCGGCCGGCGCAGGCGAAUGUUUGGUGGGAGGAAGUUAUGGGAUGCUAAAGAUGAUCAAGCUUGGGUGCAUGACAGAUUUGAGGAGAUGAACUUGCAAGAUGAGCGCAAUGAAGAUAAGCGGAUGCCAAGAGGUCGUUUUAGAGGUCGUGGUGCUGGAGGUAAGGCACGAGGUGGUGGUCGUGGUUUUCCUAGAGGAGGAAAGCAACACAAUUACCAUGAAGAUGGUAACACCCAAAACCGCCCCCCAAAGGUUGUUAGAGGGAGAGGACCUCGACGUUAUGAAGCUGUUGCAAGGAACAACAGAGAGUUUGUUGGAUCCCAGCGUAAACAAGCAGCAAGAUUUCGAGAACCUGCUCCAAAUGCUGCUGCAGCCAGAGAGAGUGGUCAAGUUUCACAUGCGCAGCCAGAAGCUGCCCCUACUAAAACGAAUGCCAUCAGUUCAAGCCUAAAUUCUGCGUCGCCACCAUUUUACCCCUCUGGUGCAUCCAAACAAGAAUUUUCUGUAGCAGCUCAAAGGAGGGACAUACAAGCAGGUUCUAAUAAGGUCCUUCCAUCUUCCAUGAAGAUGGAUGAUAACUUAAAGCUACAAUCUGGUUCGAUGGUUAGAGGGAGAACAACUAUGGAUUAUGUGGGACGUGAUAGGUUUCAUGCUGAUGGUCCUGUUAGGUCAUCUCCUGGAAGGGGGGUGGCAACAUCGUUGAAUUCAUCAGGCUUCACAUCAUCAUCAGUUAAUCCUGGCCAAUCCCCUAUUGUCAGGGCUUCAGAGGGGAAUUCAAGCAUCGGGAUUUCUUCAAAUAAUCAGGUCACUUCAUCACUUCACCAAACGUUGAGGAUUUCUACGCAACCGCAAAGUCACACAUCACUCAUGCACCAGAAGUCAGUCCAAGUGCAGAAUAAGUCUGCAACGAGAAUACCAACUCAACAGUUGAGCCAUCGGACUGGCAAUCCUUCGCCAGCUGCUCAGCAUCUACCUGUUAAAUCAACUGAAAGUGGUGAGAAUGGUUCAUAUCCUAGUCCGAAUAAUUCCAAGACAUCUUCUGCAGUGGGAAAAGCCAACAACCAGGAAACUGGAAGGGGCUCAUUUAUGUAUGGUGGAGCCCAAGUUAUUGGUGCUGCUGGAGCUGUUGGACUUUCCCAGGGCGAUCAAAAUUUUCCUGGCACUCCAGCUCUGCUGCCAGUGAUGCAAUUUGGGGGUCAGCAACCUGGUGGUCUUGGAGUUCCUACUGUUGGUAUGGCCCUCCCUGGCUAUGUAGCCCAACAGCAGAUGGGAAUGGGAAAUAAUGAAAUGACAUGGUUGCCAUUAUUGGCUGGUGCAGCCGGUGCUUUUGGAGGAUCAUAUCCACCUUAUAUAGCCCUUGAUCCGAGCUUUUACUCUAGACCUUCAGGACAGACAUCAUCGUCAGUUCCAUCCAGGGAACCUAGUGCUAACAGAGGGUCUAAAUCUCCUCCUCGAAACGAUAUUGGGAAUGAGGAGCUUGAUCAGCGCCAGAACAAGCCUAGGAGAUACUCAGAGAUGAACUUCAGUCAGUGAAGCACCAUGUAAGGUGAAUUGCAUCUGAAUAAGCUGCUUAUGGCCCUAUUUUAGGCCCUUGGUGAUCUCCAGUUUUGAUCUGGAGCACUUUGGGUGGCUUGGUAUCGUAAAUUAUGUUAGGUCCUAUAAAUGCCUGUUUGGUCUGGAGUUAUCUGAUGAGGUCACUUCACAGCAGAGCAGGGGUGGCAUUCGUCACUUGAAUUGUAGUGUUGCUCGGUUGUGAUGCAUCUGGAAAUGUCAUAUUCGUUGGCUGCGCCUGAAGAUGUGGGUGGUUCUUGAAGAAAGCUUGGAAUAAUGAUUUGCGUUGGUUGAAGUUUUGAGUUUUUUUAAGUACAUCUUGCUAGUGACUCCAAUUGGUGUCAGUCUACUCUGAUGUACCUAUCCUCUUAUAGUGGUUGGUAAGACCAAGUGCCUUUAGGCUGCAGUUUGUAUCUUUUGGAAUCUGUUGAAAUGUGGGUGCGGUUUGUGACUAUAUUCAAUGAGUUCGUGCAAGAUGACAUAGUGUUGUUUUAAAACCCAA